AUGUCCUCGCUAUCGACUCUCCUAGAUAUUCUGGACUCGGUCCGCGGCAAAAAAUACCUCAUUCUGGACCGGUGUUUGGCGACGCAGAUUUCGCUUUUGUGUCCGUUCUCAGUGCUGACUGAGCACGGCGUGGACAAAAUAUUCUGGCUGCAGGACGAGGAGUCGCUGCCAAGCAACGACGUGGCGGUUCUGAACGGCGCCAAGAUCGCCUACAUUGUUGCGUCACGUGACCCGCGCAGCGGGGCGAUGUUGGCCAAGCACCAGCGGUCGGUGGCGGCCAAUGUGGAGACCCACGUGAUCAGCGUUCCGCGGUCGCUUUCGUUGGAGGCUCUUCACCUCGAUGUGUUCUAUCAUUCGUGGGACAUUCCAUAUGUGGCAUUGGAUCCUGAUCUGUAUACGUUGGGGCUGGGAGUUGUGGAUCACGUGCCGCUGCUGACGCGGGAGGCGAAGCAGACGUUUCCGGGCGCGACUCCCGAUUAUGUCAGCGUGGAGCUGGCAUCGCGGGCUCUGUUUGCACUCCAGCAGCAGUUUGGGUUUGCGGGGCGGCUGUUAGCCCGCGGCAACGAGUCGUCGAUGAGUCAACAGAUCAUUCGGCAGCUGCAGCGGCUCAAGGACGAUUUCGAGGUCGAGGCCGCUACUUCCGGGUCACGUGAGGCGCAGUUUCUGCUGACCAACGACGCGCUGUUGGUUGGCGAAAAGGUGGAGCAGAUCAUUCUCAUUGAUCGCCAAGACGAUCCUCUGACGCCGCUUUUGAGUCAAUUGACCUAUUCUGGCCUUAUUGACGAGUUCUGGGGGCUUUCCGAGAACGGAAAAGUUGAAAUUGAAGAGUUGAUCCCAUCCCAGGUUACCGCAUCCUCGUCUUCUUCGGCCCCGGUGUCUCAAAUGUUUCUCAACGAUACCCUAUAUCGGGAUUUGCGAGACAUCAACUUUUCCUCGGUGGGGUCUCGUUUGAACGCCUGCGCCACCUCUUUGCAGUCCGACUAUGGCGAGAGACACAAGGCCAAGACGGUGAGUGAGAUCAAGUCGUUUGUGGGGCGUCUUUCCGGACUCACAGAUCUCCACACCAACCUCAAGCUCCACACCCAUCUGUCAGAGCUCAUUAUGAAACGGCUUCAGAAACCAGAGUUCAACCGGGUGUUGGAGAUCCAGCAGAACCUGGUCGCCGACUCAAUGGACUUGACCAAGUUGCACAACAUGUUGCAGGACUUGAUUGGAGGCAACGCCGAGCUCGACACGGUGCUCCGACUGCUCUCGAUCGAGUCUCUGGUGAACGGCGGUAUCAAGGAAAAGACCCUGACGUCCAUCAAGAAGGAAAUCUGCCAGACGUAUGGAUACCAACAUUUUCUCACAUUCCAGAAUCUCCAGAAAAUGGGACUGGUGGUCCCCAAACAAAACACCUCUUACUUUGGCUACAAUGCCAAAUCCCAGGACUUUGCGCUCUCCACCUUCUCGGCAAACUUCUCCGCGCUCUCCAAAUCUCUGGGCGUCAUCUCGGACCAACAACAGGAGGUGGAUGAGACCGAUAUCGCCUCCAGCUACUCGGGAUACGCGCCCAUUUCUGUUCGCACCGUCCAGUGCGUUGUAGACAAGAAAAGCGUAAUUUCCAGAGCAACAAAACAACAACUGGAGACGUACGAAAAGACGGGGGGCUGGGCAGGCGCGACGGAACUAUUGCCAGGACUGCCGCUCAUCGAUUACAGCUACACCGAUACCGCCAAGGACGGGAAAGAGGAAAACGAAAAGAAGGUGAAAAACUUUCUGUCCCGUGACUUUGUCAAGAAGAAGACGUUUGUGUUUUUUAUUGGCGGGGUCACGUGGGCCGAGAUUAGCGCUCUGAGACUGUUGGGCAAGAGUGUCAAGACGGAAUUGGUGGUGGUGGCCACGGGCGUGAUCAAUGGUAAUGACUUGGUCAAGCCGGCUUAUUAA